UGGAGAGAAAAAAUUCUAGCCAGCAGCCACUCUGCUCACGUCUGUCUUUGCCGUUAGCUACCUUCUGUAGCGUUUAAUGAUUGCAUCGUUUCACAGUAUCCUCAACAUAUAUAUAUUUUUUUUUUUACAAUUGCAGUAACCUUUGUGUCGUUUUUAUUACAAACUCAUUGGGUUAUAAUUUUUUUUAUCGAAAUUCAAGUUACCUAAUCUAUCGAUUGUUUCGGGGAUUGCACAUGAAUAUCUAGCUAGCUAGCUAGCCUGCUAGCUACAACAGUCAAAAUGGCGGACAACGAGGAUGAGAGCGAUGUGUCAAGUACAACAACAGGGGCAGAUCAUGGUACAAUAUAUCAAGUUCAAUGUGUUUCUGGAUUGCCAGAAAAUGAAACCUCUACAGAAUUGGAAAAUCAGAACCAAGUCGGCGAGAAAUGUAUUGAAGCGCAGGGCUUGACAGAUUUUCUGCAAAGCUGCACAAAAGAGGAGACAUUCGUUGCAAAGGACUCCCAAGUGGUUGUCAGCCAAACUGAUGGAAAUGAACAACAACCUGAACAAAACAUAACGUCUAUUGUUGAGACUUCAGGUAUUGCAAAUGGUGCAGAGUAUUCUACAGUCAGUGCUGACUUUGUAAACGCUCUCGCACCUGGAACCACCAUUAUUUAUGUGCAACCAGACGGUAGUUUUGUUGAGGGAUCAGGUCUGACUGCAGAGGAGCAGCAACAGCUAGUGGAGCAGUUGGCCAAACAGCAGCUUGUCACAGUGACAGAGAGUGAGGCUGUUCGCCUGUUUGAACAAAAUCAAGUAAUCAAAACACUCCCUACUACUUCAUCACAGACACAGUAUACUAUUCCAAGUACAGCACUGGCUCCCAAUGAGCUGCAACAAGUGCUAGAGCAAGUGAUCAAAUCUCAGCAAUCCAUGGCCCAGACACCCAAGGAAUCGGAGCAGGUUGUGACCACUCUGGACCCCACAACUGGCUUGUUCACGACUGUUGCAGCUUCAGAGAUUACAGUAGGAAGCCCACAUCCACUGGUCACUAUGCAGAAUGCAUCACAGCAGCUGAAGAAGGUCGCGAAACAAGUGGCACUUCAGUCCCACAAUGGUACGCGCCUGGUCCCGAAAAAGCAGGAAACCAUCAGAAUCCAAGUCCAGAUGCCCUCUGGAAAGCAGGAGGUGAAAGGACCUACGCAGGCUACCAUUUCAAUCCCCCAACAGAAGAACUUGGCUUUGAUGAGUCAAGGCCAGCAGGUCAAAGUGUCUACAAAUGGCAGUGUGAGCAGCAGUCCCCAGAUCAUCCACAUCACACCCAUGGUUGGACAGCAACAGUACUUCCUACAGCAGAACCCUGGAGACCCUCCCAUUCAGCUGCUUCUGCAGAGCUCAACCCCCGUGGUUGGCAGCCUGGUUCCCAUUGUGCACAAACUGCCCAUACCUGUUCAGACCCCAGUCCAGCAGCCUUCUGGUAAGGCCCCGGUCAACGGCACAGCAGUUAAACCUGCCACCACGUCUGUCUCUGUCCCAGCCUCCACAGUGGAAAAAGUUAAAAGGGUCAAAGCCAGAGUGAAGAAGGCACCGAAUAUCAAAACCCGUUCCGGGAGGGUGUCCAGACCGCCCAAGUACAAGGUGAAGGACUAUAAGUUCAUCAAGACAGAGGAUUUGGCCGAGGGCCAUCAGUCAGAUUCUGAUGAUUACUCUGAGAUCAGUGUGGAGGAAGAUGAGGAUGGCGAGGAUAGUAAAAAGGGAGCAGCAUCUAUGAGUUACAGUCACAAGCGGAAGGCCUUUCAAUGUGAAACGUGCGAUAAAGCUUACAUAGGCCAUGGAGGUCUGUCCAGACACUACAGGCUGAAUCCCUCUCACGGUGAACUGAAGUCCCCUCCUGAAGGGACCCCUAAAACGGACAGCCCUGGUAAGAGAGCAGGCGCUGGGGCCGAACAUAAGAAGCCGACUGAAGAGAGUAAUGCCUACAGUGUUAAAAAUACAUCAGGUCCUGAGAAAAGUGAUGCCACAGAGAAAACAGCUGCUGCAACGUCAACCACUCAACAAAAAGUGGAUACCACGGCAGCCCAAGGAGUAGCAGCUUCUACCAGACAGGUAGUGGUCCAGGCUCGGGGACCAGGGAGGCCCAGAGGACGGGGCAGACCACCUACCAAAGGCCUGCCGACGGUGGCAGCACACCCAGCAGUGAGACGGGGGCGACGGGGCCGACCCCCAAAGCUAGGAGGGGGAGUAGCCAGUGUGGAGCAGCAGGCCCAGAGAAGGAAAGCACGACUGAAAGAGGUGACACACGAGUGUGAUAAUGAAGAACUGAUGGAGACUGUGCUCCCUCGUCUGGCUAAGGUCAUGACUGUCUGGGAGUUCCUCUUGAUGAAGGUGGAGAAAGGGCGGCAACCCAAAGCCCAGUUUUCGGAUGUCUACCGGGAGUUUGAGCAGCUCCACAGCCAGGUGAAGAAGAUGGCCCAGGACUAUAUCAGUAACCCUCAGCAGGGUGUCCACACGGCCUUGGAGGUCCACAAUGUAGAUGUUGCCAAAUCUCUUGGCAUCGUCGAUGAGGUGAACAGGUUGAAAGUCCUCAACCCUCCAACGCAGCAGAAUGUCACCAACAUGGCAACCAAGAAUGUCCGCUACAUGGAGAAUUCUAAAAUGUUACCUCCAACGAAGAGAUUUAAAAUGGAAAACCGGGUUGGUGUUCAAAUCCAUCAGAACGGCAUUGAGACUUCCAAAAUAGAAUCCAGUGAGGCCAAAGUAGAGAACACUGCAUCAACAAGCAUGAAGAACAAUUCACCACAAACUCAGGCACCCACCAAGAGCCCCGCGGGCCCUCAAGCCACUCAGACUGCUAUUGUCAAACCACAGGUUGUCUCAUCUAACCCAGAGACGAAUGUAACACCCAUGGAACUGAUCCAGGAUCACUUAUCCAACAGCAUGACAGAGCCAAUUGACUCAGCAGGAGGAGAGGAGACCAUGGAGACAGGUCAGGGUGCGUCUGGUACGGAACCAACCGAGGUCCUGAGCACCUGUGACAUGGGCCCUCAAGCCACUCAGACUGCUAUUGUCAAACCACAGGUUGUCUCAUCUAACCCAGAGACGAAUGUAACACCCAUGGAACUGAUCCAGGAUCACUUAUCCAACAGCAUGACAGAGACGGUUGACUCAGCGGGAGGAGAGGCCAUGGAGACUUGUCAGGGUGUGUCUGGUACAGAACCAACUGAGGUCCUGAGCACCACUGACAUAGCAGAUCAGAUGAAAGAGUUAGAGAAGGCCUUGGCCACAGACCCAGUCCCAGUAGAUCAGCAGCCCAGGAGUAGUAGCACUCAGCCGCAUCAGCCCAACCGUACCCUGGUCCAGGAGAGUGGCCUGACCCAGGCUGUCUCCAGCAGAGGCCAGGUAGUGGUUCAGGAGACCCAGGAAGGCCAAGAGAUCUACAUCCAGACCGAGGGGCUCACCAUGCACCUAGCAGAGGGCCAGGAGGGCGACAUGGCCUCUGAGCGCAUCGUCAUCGUCAAUGGACCUGACGGCACCACCAUGCACAUCCGCGCCCCUGAAGGAGUCCCUCUGGAAGCAGUCCAUGCCCUGCUUGGUAUUGAGGCUGAGGGGAAAACACAGUAGUGAUUUGUUGUUUCUCCAUAUUCGACCCCCUCAACUUCACCCAUAUUGAUUUCUUACUUCUGGUGGAUUUUAUUGUAUUCCAAGUGUUCUUUUUGAAUUUGUAAACAUUAUUUUCGAUGUGGUGUUUUCAUAUUUAGACAAAUUAAUAGCCCUUCCUUAAAAGUGUUUAGUUGUUUGUGAUAUGUUUAUAUGUAGAUAAAUAUCAAAAGCAGUUUAAAAAAAGUUGCACUAUUUUAUUACUUUUUAUAUAUUUGGGUGUAACAUUUUCCAAACAUAAAAUAGGUUUGUAAUACCAUGGGACAUUUAUUCAAUGGAGGGGAAACUUUAAAAGAAAUUGUAAAAGUUGUGGUUUUAUUCAUUUCCAUGUUUCAUUUGUGAUUCAUUGUUGCAGUACAACCAUUUCAUAUACUGUACAGUUUAGCUCAUUUUCCUCUUAAUAAAGGAUGUGAGAACAAGUCA